UAUAUAUAUAGUUUACUUCUUGCUAAUAAAUUUUAGUCUGUCACUAUUUUUUUACUGUAUAUGUAAGCUAUUUUAAAGUGAUGGAGUUUAAGCAGUGCAUUCUUUGUUUUGUGAUGCCAGUUGUCACUAAUAGGUUAGGCAAUGCAUGCUUUGCCUAAGGUCCGAAAAUUCUUUUCCAACUUUUCUCUAUUAUGUUAAACAUCUUUUCGUAGUUGUUCCUUUGGCUGAUUUUGAAGAUUUUAGUUGGUCCAUUCUUUCAUUAUGCAAUGAAUGGUAUGAAGAACUUGUAAUUUCAAACAUAUUGAGUUGCACAUCUUGCUUGCUUGACUAAUUAAUUGGCAACUCUUAUUUGGCAUAGGUUGUUUUGGAAGUUACUUCACCUUCUGCGAUGGUUGUUCUUCCAAUAUAUCCUGUAGAGGUGGCAGUGGGAACUGAACUCAAAGCUGCUGUGAGCUUAAAGACAUCUGAUGGUAACUACUUUUAUCAAUGUGAUGCUUUCAACUCUUUCAUGAAGUGGAAUGUUUUUUUCUGAAAGUGAAACUUUCAGAGCUCUGAACACAACUGAGAAGAUAUGUGAAGCCGACAUGCUCCAUCUCACAGAGAUCUCCAAGCAAACCUAUGUUCAUCCUUGUGCAUUGACUUGUUUAUUUGCUUAUGGUACUGGCCGAGCCAUGCUACAUGCAACUUUGUCGAUUGACUUACAUUCUCCUUUCCAUUUCAUGGAUGGGCCUUUAAUUUAAAAAAAAGCUUUUCCUAUAGCUGCAUAUUCUCCACUUGUUGCUUACCAGGCAGGAAAUGGAAAUAGAUUUGGAGGCUACUGGAUUGAUGUGCCUGAAAUAAAUAAUGGAAUCAAACAUUCGUACUCUACUGCUUUGGAUGAGUUGUAUCUUGCCCCUGGCUAUGCUAUGGAUGUCCAUUUAAGUGGAGGACCUGAAAGAUGGGAUCUACAUGUUGAGUAUGUUGAAAGUGUUGAAGUUACUGGUGAACAAGAUCUACCUGUAACAGAUGGUGUUCAGGUGCGGCAGACACACUGCAAUGGGAGAAGAUUGUACACAGCUCUAUGCCUUUCCGUGGGGCAGUUUAAACUUCUCUUUUCACGGGGAAACCUUGUUGGCGUUAACCAUCCUGUGGCAACUAUAGCAAACUUGGAAUUGUCUGUUAUGUGUAGCUUUCCUUCAUCCAUUGCACUUGUUGCUAAUGAACCUGGUAUGGGAUAUAAUGCCUUUUAUUUUCUUGCAUCCUUGGUGUGUGGACUAUGUAUUCUAGUUAUUGAAGAAAAAUCAUCAUAGAGCAUUCUUACCAAAGUUAAUAUGUUUGGCGAUGAAUUUUACAAAUUGUCUUCAUUUUAAAUUUCAAUUCCUAACUGUUUUUAUUUUUCAAAACAGCAAAUAUUCUCGAUGUUAUAGAGAUUGCUGCAAAUGCUGACCGUGGUCUUUGUCAAGUUCGUUCUUCUCCUAUCACAGUGGCCUAUGGAUGUACCAUACGCAUAGCUGCUGUUGGUCUACAUAUUACAAAAAAAAGUUUUUGCAAAUUCAUGGUCUUUAUGCUUGAGUUGGGAACUUCCUGGUUGUAAGGAUCUGGCUUAUUGGAGGGACAAUGAGAGUUACAAGAGAUCAAUGAAUAACAGUUGGGAGAGGUUUCUAGUUCUUAACAAAAUUUCUGGACUGUGCACUGUUCGUGCUAGUGUUAUUGGCUUCUCUAAAACCAUGGUUAGCCAUCCCUUGGGAAAAGAAUAUCUGCGGUUUGAAAGUGCAACUGGUAUUCCUACGGAUGCUCUGCAGUUACAGUUGGUGCCUUCCUUGAGAGUAUUGCGAGAGUUUCUCUUAAUAGUUUUUGAUCCCGAAGCAAAGGCAAAUUUGUCUAUUUCUGGAGGGACUUGCUUUCUAGAUGCUGUUACAAAUGACACACAGUGUUCAGCCUUCAGAAAAUACCAAAUGCUCUCACCUAAUAGUCAGUCCUAUUGGACUGGGUACUGCUCUUAUGACCAUUCGUGACAUUGGACUUUCUCCUCCCAUGAUUGUGAUCCACAACUUAUAAUUAUAUAGUUUUGUCCAGUUAUUAUUAAUCACUUUUUA